AUGAGUGAUCCAGACAACGGCGAUACAACGCUACUUUGGUCUUCAUCUCGUUCCACGCUUGAUCAUCAUUCCACUCCUGAUAUUGGUAAUCUUCAUGCGUCACCUGCACCAUCUAAUAUACCCAGUCUGGCAAACAGACAAAUUCAAAAUUAUCGCAAUUCAAAUCGAUCCUUCACUCGACCAUAUUCUACAAAAACAGUAUUCUUUUACAAGGAAGGCGACAUUUAUUUUGCGGGACUUCGUGUACCAGUAUCAAAAGCUCGAUAUCGUACUAUUGAAUCAUUAUUGGAUGAUUUGAAUAGCAACAUUUCGAUGCCGUUUGGCGUCCGUCAUUUAACUACGCCGCGUGGAAAAACGAUUAUCAAAAAUAUUGAUCAACUACAGCACCAUGGACGAUAUAUAGCAUCUUCCUUCAAAACACCACGACCGUUGAAUUUAUUGAUGGUUGAGAAAAUUCAGAGAAUUCGCCAAGCUAAUCGAACACAUUUGCCUCACUAUUAUCGAAAUAAUUGGUUUAAUUAUCGGAAACAAAACAAAAAUGGACGUGCAAAGAUACCGCUGAAAUUAUCGUCUGAUCCUGCAACAUCCAAACAGCUAUUUUUUGUCUUAAAUGGCAAACCUUCGCGGAUUUAUCGAACGCUGCUCAAUCCUCUUCGUCAAAGGACCAUCGAAUCGCUGCUGGAAGAAGUUUCGGAAGGUUUACAGAUGGCAAUUUUCAAACUGUAUACUUAUUCCGGUAAGAGGAUUAUAAGUAUUGAUGAAAUUUUUUUGUUAAAUGAAACUCGACUACUUGCUGUACCAAGGAAUGAGCGACCUAUGUUUCGGGAAAGUAUGUUUCCAAUAAGUAUACCACAACUACCGCCGAUUUCAAAGAUGACGUCACCGAGUCUUUUAGGACAGCCUACUAUCGCUAAGCAAACAGUCCAGUCCGCCUACCGGGAGAACUCAAUUGAGAGACCUCAACGGGUGGUAAGCAGUAAAAUGAUGCCCUUAACUUCGAUGUCUCGUUUGAGUAAACGAAAUAGCAACGAAUCAAAGAAUACACCAUCGGGAAAUAAAAUAAACAAAUCUUCCCUGGAAGCUACGCAGCACCUACCAGCUUUGUCACUCUCACAAAAGCCGCCACAAAUAUAUGAGGAAGAGACAAUGCUUGAAAAUGUGGAAGAUUGUAGUGAUCAAGUGAACAAGCUUACAGCAAAUGAUAAUCGAAGAGAAGUGUCACGUGGAAGUAAACUGACAGAACCGGACAAUGAGAAGGAGACCGAAGACGUAAAAGAAGACAAAGGAAGUGAAGAAGAAAAUGAAGCCAAUGAGAAGAAAGAGGAAGAGGAAGAAGAGUUGGUACAAAAUAAUGAAAAAACGAUUGUAAUUGAAGAUCACGAAAGAGAAGAAAGAAAGGCGAGCGAUACAGCCGAUACCGGACAGUCCGAUUCGGCAAAGGAAGAAGUACCGGAACUGAUGCUUGCAACAUCUAAUGAUCAGGCAUUUGAUAACGAUGAAACAUUUUCUCCUGAAGCUAAUUUUUCACCUAGCACAAAAGAAGAUGGUAUGACUUAUACAGUAUCGGUAAUUACUGGAAAUCGUUGGGCGGCUGAUACAGAUCUCGACUUGUUCAUUAUUUUAUAUGGUGACUUAAAUACAAGCGAGAAACAUCUAUUGCGACAAGAUACAAAUGAACCAAAAUUUCAACAGAACAGAAUGGAUUCCUUUCAUAUUGAGACGACGAAACUUGGAUUACUUCAAAAAAUUAUUAUCGGGCAUGAUCGUACUGGUUACGGAGUCGGAGUAUAUAUUGAACGAGUUCUGGUUACCGAAAAUAUUGCUGAUGGACGGCAGUAUCUUUUCCAAUGUGCCAAAUGGUUGGACAGUGGUCAAGUGGAUGGGAAAAUUGAACGAUCACUGAAGACAACGGCUUUUUGCUACCUUACUACUAUCUUACACGAUUCUAGAUCUACAAGUGGUCGUUGGGAGCUUAUCUUGCAUUCUGGCAAAGAUGAUGGUAGCGGUGCAACUACAUCAAAUCUGAAUAUAGUGGGUUAUGGUAGCCAAAGUAGUUCAAUGACAACAAAAAUUUAUGACAGUCGCAUGGCAAAGGUGCCAUCUUCUUCACUUGUGCAGGUGGAUUUCGGUGAAAUUGGAGAUCUACUAAAAGUGAGAAUUGAAAUUGAUGGAAAUGGUGAAAUGCCGAAUUAUUAUUUGAAUUAUGUUGAACUCAGAGAUCUGGAUACUGAAGAACGCAUGGUAUCAUAUGUGAGAAAAUGGUUGAAAAUAGGUUGUGAUGAGAAGAAUUCGCAACCAUUUCGAGAAUUUCCAGUUUUCCGAGCAGCUUUUGAACCUUUAAAUGUAUUGUCUUACGAAGGGAAAAUUAAGUUAAGUUCACGCAAACAGCGAUUUCUGGAGAAACCUAUCAUAUAUGCAAGAAUACUUGGUGAAAUUGGUGAAACAGGUUGUUUUCCUGUUGAUUUCAGAUGUGUUUCGGAUUUGAAGCAAGAACUUUCAUUCAAAGCUGAAGCUGUUUCAGUUGGACGUAUACAAAGUACGCGAUUGUACGUCAAAAUGAAUGACAUUGGAAACGAAAUAUAUGAGGGUAUACAAAUGUUACAAGAUAUCUACGAUCGACGACAUAUAAAGGUCUCAAUGGCAAAUGAUUGGAUCGCUGAGAAAGUAACCGUUCGUGAAUCACAUCACGCACCGUAUCGUUACGUAAUGGCAGUUAACCGCGUGAAAAGUAUGGAAGAGGAGAAUGAGAAAGUUAAAGAGGAUACGUGUGACGAUAUUGGAGAUCUUUUCGUUGAGCUUCUACUUUCUGAAAUGGAAGGCCUUUCAACCAAAAUCAGUAAGAAAAAAGCUUUGUCGAGAAAGCAACCUCAAUGGAUUCUAUCAAUGACAAUUGGUGAAGGCAGUACUUUAGUCCCAAAAGUAACACUUUGUGCAGAAAAUACAAGUGCAGAGAUGAAUAUCGUCGCUACUACUCCCAUCGAUAUGAUUAUUACUUUUCAGCAGAAAGCAGUAGACAUUUCAACGAUAAUCAAAGUUAGAGUUGGUAUCGAUGAUUCACAAUAUCUCAACUGUACUUCAUCAAAUGACGCUCAAUUUAAUGAUGAAAAUAUCAUUGAAAUACAGAAGAUGAAGCUUUACGACUCUGAGAAUGGUGAUGAACUUCGAUUUCCUGCUGUGAAUACCAUCCUUACAUUGGAAUCGGUUUAUGAAUUCCCAGCUGUCUGGCCGGAUAUCCCACCUAUUUCAAACGUUGUCUAUAUAAUUACUGUAAAUUCUGGUGAAUCAAGUGCGGAUUUUGAUGUUUAUCUAACAUUAAAUGGAACAAAAGGCGAUACAGGUUUGAGAAAGCUAAUCAAUGAUGACAUCGAUCCGUUUCAAGAGAAAAAAAUGAGUAAAUUUGAAGUUGAAGCUGUUUCUAUUGGCGAGCUUCUGACUACCUCAAUCGUAAUAAAGAAUGAAAACCACAGUUUCAAAUGGAAAUGCGAACAAGUGCAUAUUCUUGACAGCGAGACAAAUCUCUUUUAUAUAUUCCAAUUUAGCAAGAUGUUUACGGAAGAAUUAAAGAGUCAACAGGUAAGCGCUUCUCGAUCAACAGACGCCUUAUGA